UUUCUCUCAGAUACUCCUCCUAGUCCAAAUGAUAAAGUGUCAUCAUUACUUGGACUCCAUCAGUUCCCUUCCCCUAGAACCAGCUCUACUGUCUCCAUUAAGAUAUCAAGAGGAGACUAUCAUACACUAAUGAAGAGGAUGAGUGAUGAACUGGAGGCAGCUGCUCAUCACGUUGCUAACAGGAAGCAGAAGGAUAUGAUUGAUAGAUAUGUGUCUAGUUUUAGUAGAGGGUCAGUACCUGAUCAUGAAGAUGCAUCUCGUUAUUGGAUUAAAGAUAAAGGACCAGUUGUUGAAACGUAUAUUGGAUUCAUUGAGAGUUAUCGUGAUCCAUUUGGAUUAAGAGGAGAAUAUGAAGGGUUUGUUGCUGUUGUUAAUAAGUCAAUGAGUUCUAAAUUCUCACAACUGGUGGACUCAGCUCAAGAGUUCCUCCCUCUCCUCCCUUGGGGGGUGGAGUUUGAAAAGGACAAAUUCCUACGUCCAGACUUUACUUCACUUGAUGUUGUGUCGUUUGCCUCCAGUGGAAUACCAGCUGGCAUCAAUAUACCUAACUAUGAUGAGAUAAGACAGAAUGAAGGAUUUAAGAAUGUGUCUUUGGGUAAUGUAUUGUCAGCUGCCUCACAGGAUAAGAGGGUCACAUUCCUUACUACUACAGAGGAUCAGGGUGAUUUUACUGAUUUGAGAGGUAAAGCAUUUGAAGUGCAGGUUGGAUUGCAUGAACUAUUAGGACACAGAUCAGGGAAACUGUUCAGUAAGGAUAAGAAUGGAGUCUUUAACUUUGAACAAGAUAAAGUUAUCAAUCCUUUGACUGGAGAUAAGAUAAGCAGUUGGUAUAAUCCAGGAGAGACAUGGGAUACACAGUUUAGUACAAUAGCAUCAACUUAUGAAGAAUGUAGAGCAGAAUGUGUUGGUAUAUACCUCUCCACUGACAGGAAUAUAUUGCGUAUAUUUGGUUAUGAAGGAGCUGAAGCUGAAGACAUAAUGUAUGUGAAUUGGUUGAGCAUGUUGAGGGCAGGACUUAUAGCAUUAGAGUUUUAUACACCUGAAACAAAGAAAUGGAGACAAGCUCACAUGCAGGCUCGUUAUGUUAUAUUGCGUGUAUUGAUGGAUUCUGAUACUCCUGUAUUUAAUAUUGAGAGUGUUACUGGCUCUGAUGGUAAGCCUGACCUCUUGAUCAGGUUUGAUAGGAAUAAACUGGAGACCAUUGCUAAACCUGUCAUUGGAGAAUUCUUGAAUAAACUAUAUACAAGUCUACAGCAGAUGUUAGCUCAGGACAGUUAUAAUAAAUAUUCAACUGUUACUGAUGAUCAUUUGAUGUUAAGAGAUACUGUAAUGGCUAGGAAGAUGCCUAGAAGGUUAUUUGUACAGCCACACACUUCAACUGAUACUGAUGGUUCUGUUGUUCUUAAUGAGUUUGAUAGUUCAUUUGAAGGAAUCAUUUCCUCAUUUCUAGCAAGAUAUCCUAACAAUGAUACUGAACUGGAGUCUCUUUGGAGAAAUGACCAGCAUUAUUGGAAACAAAAAUAAACAAUACAUUGUACAUUUAAUACAAAAUUAAAGAACUUGUAUGUGCAUGUAUUUGAUUCAUCGAGUGUUCGUACAUUGUUUGUUGCAUGACAUUGUUGCUUUUCAGUGUUAUAAAUUCUGAGGCUA